GUAUCCCGCCAGGCCCCGGACUUUGGAAGAGACAAGGCGUUGCUUGGUAAAAGCAUGAUCUCUCGCGAAGCCCGAGGAACCGCGAAAAUUGCCUAUGUCGAACAGGAUCUUCGGACCUUUCGCUCUCGCAAGUUUCGGCCCCGUGCAACAGACACACCAGACGAAGCCCGUCUGGAGCAUGGAGUGUAAUAUUCCGUACAAGGCUCUAUAUAUCCGUCGGUCUCGUUGAAGGCAUCAAGUCGAAGCAGAAGUCGUAUGCCUCGCAGUCAUUAUGCCUAAUGUUGGAAGGCCAAGUCGAGACUGCCACCUUUGUAGGCAGAGGCGAGUAAAAUGUGACUUGAGACAGCCGGAAUGCGAAAGAUGCGCCAAGCUUGGCAGGAAGUGUCCUGGGUAUCGAGACGAAUCCGACCUCAUGUUUCGUCUUGAAGACCCUGCUUCAUUUGCGGAUGGAGCAAACCGAGAUCGUCGCCGAAGACGUGGGGAAGCCACGCCACCAGUCUCUCGAAACACCUCAAAAUCCCCGACUUCUCUCUCGGCAAAUGAAAUGGAAGUGGUUCUGCCACCAAAUCAGACAGAUGCCCUGUUCUCCUUAUCGCUUCAUGGCUUGCCUCAGCCUCCUGCGGAGUCAUGGCAUCUGCCUCUAUUCUUCAACACCCUGAUGCCCCGCCUGCAGCGGAAUAUGGCCUUUGGACUUCUGGGAUUCUUGCCCGACAUGGUAGCAGCGGCACGACCCGAUUCCCCUGUGGGACUCGCCGUGCAGGCGAUCUCGUGCGCUUUCCAUACCACGAGGACUAGUGAUCCAGAGGCAAGGACGAGACGAUCAAUCACUUAUGGUAAAGCUUUGACGUCAACCAAUGCAGCUCUUCGAGACCAGUCUCUACAGACCAGGGACGACACGGUCACCUCUGUGUGGCUGCUGAGCUUAUACGAGCUUAUUGUAGGAUCGUCUCCACCUCAGAUGCAUGUUGGACCAGCUACCUGGAACCUGCACACGCAGGGUAUGGCGACGUUGCUGCAACUGAGGGGUACCGCAGGCUUUGACUCGGUCGUUGGGCGUAACCUCUUCUGGUUGUUGUUCAACUCUGUGCAAAUUCGAUGCCUGGUCACGGGUCAAUCAUGUCCACCAGAAUCCAUCCACUGGCUACGAGAGCUCGAAAAGCAUCAGGAAAGCCAGGACAUGCCCUCACUUCAGAUGUCCCUUUAUGGCUGCCAUGCCUCUGCGCUGUGCGAGAAGAUACGAAACUUUGUCGACAACGAGAGUUCAAACUCGCCAUCUCUGGCCUUCGAAAUACUAUGGGAAGCUGAAGCGCUGGAUGCGGAUACCACCUAUGACGCCUUGAUUCCCCGCCCAGCAACGUACGAAACUAGUCUGCUUCUCGACCCAGUAGCCAUGCCUCAGCCUAACUUUCAAGCACCGUUUGUCCGGACGUUCUUUUGCGGUUUCAGGUUGAAGUUUCUUCUUUGCGUCUCGGAGCUUCUCGCAAAGAUCCAAGACCUAUCCUCGGACCCGACUGCGAGCGCACUGCCGAGUCAGAUUCAGCAUAAUAUUUCUGCAAUCCAAAAUGUGGCGGACGAGAUUCUGGCAUCAGCGCCUCACAUCUUCCGCUCCGAAGGGGUCGAGGAACGGACAAAGACUGGAAGACCAAGAUUCUGGAUGGAUGGGCUCCGUUUGCUCUGGCCUUUGCGACUUGUAGCAUUUUGGCCCGCUACGAGGCCAGAUCAAAAACAGUCUGCUGCUGCUAUGCUUCAGUCCAUCCGGGAAGAACUGGGGGUCCUACAGGCGACUCAGGACUUCGCCAUGGGGUCCGGGCGAUCUUACCCAGCGACCAGAAUGUCACCGCCAGCAAUGCGAAGAUAGAAGACAAGAGCAAUGAACAUUUACAGCACAAGGAUGCCAGAUAGGAAAGCAUUUUGAUGCUCCCGGGCACGAGAGUUCACGUGCUGGGAGUAUUGCCUAGGCCCAUGACGUGAAGCAUUGCCGUUGUGCGAGCUGGAGCCCACUACUAUCAACUGCCGCGAGCUUAUUCAACCGGCUCAUGUUGGUGGGCGAAUUGACUGUCCGAGUAUUGGACAUGCACUUCGCUUUCAGGCGUUGUGUACUCAUUUUGUGGUUUCAGAAUCCAGCCACUGGGAUUGCCAAU